UUUCGGUUUGGCAUGCUUUCCUCAGUGAAGGUAUAUCACCUUUGAGCCUAUGCGGCCAUAAGCUGUUCUCAAGAUUAUCGCUUUGGCUCUCAAAGUCCGUCUAAACAAUUCAAAGGAUUUGGUAAGCACCAUGACGCUCACCAACCGCAACGUCCUCUCGAUCAUCGAAUGUAUCUUCUACACUCCAACGACAGUUCUCAGUCUGCUCUUGUGCAUUCGGCAUUGCUGCCGAGGCCAAAGAUCUCAAAUUGCCUGGGUCUUCCUCUACAUAUAUUGCCACAUUCGAGUCGCGGAAGCAGCCUUGGGUCUUGCAACAAUCACUUUCCCGUCAAUCGCAUUACAUGGGACCACCAUUCUGUUCUCCCUGAUUGGAGUCCCCGCUCUGCUCCUCACGACCUUUGGACUCCUCAACCGCGUCUACAUCAACCUAGCAAAGAACCUUCCCACUCGAAUUAAACCCUGGUACUUCAGUCUACUGCAGAUUCCAUUCGAAGCCGCAAUAGGUCUCUGUGCAAAUGGAGCCAGCAAAUCCACCGCAGAUGCCUCUGACGGUACCAUUUACCAGCCCCAGAUUUGGACAAAGGUCGGCAUUAUGCUUUGUGUUGUUGGGUUCAUAGUCAUGGUCAUUCUCACUGGAGCUAUGCUUCGACGACAAUCGCACGCCGAAAUCAGCGAACGCCGACUCUUGAACAGCGUUACAUUAUCGCUGCCUUUCCUCUUCAUUCGAAUGAGCUACACCGUCCUCGUUACAUUCGUGGACAGAGGUUUAUUCGGAAGCUAUGAGGGGAAUGUCCUUGUCGUGGGUAUGAUGUCGGUUCUGCCGGAGAUGGUUGUCGUUAUCAUAUAUAUAGUUGAAGGGUUUAUACUUGAGAAGCUUCCGAAGGAUGCCAGGAAGGAGAAGUGUCGGAGGAAGAAGGGCGGGUGGCCAUGCCAAGCCGAACGGUUGGAUGAUUUUUCGAUCACUCGGACAGGCUCAGAGCAGGGCUGGAAAGAUCUCGAUGAUGGGAGCUCUGGUAUAUCUCGUGUUUAGCGAUAUUUCAGCAGUGAGGUGAAAUGAAUUUAGGGCAUAUCUUAUUCUAGUACCUUUAAUCGCAGUUACUUUCCAGUUAUCACGUUCUAC